CAGAUCGUCAGCACCGCCCAUGGCUUAUCUUCCAUUCCAGUAGUUCUCAGGGCCCCUUGUCCUCCAAAUUUGCUUAACAGUUUCUCGGUUCUUGGCAUGGUAAUGUGUUAUGAUCUACGUUCAUGGCUCCCACGGGUUCUCGCAAGAGAGUAAAGUCCAUCCCGUCAGUUGCGGACUCUCAAUCGUCCAACGAUGGGACGACAUUGCGGCCCAAAGGCAGAGGACGCUCGGGCUCACUGAAACAAGGGGGUAGUGGAAACUGGUACCCAGGAGUUUGGCCCGUUGCCAGAUCGUCUAAAGCGGCUCCGGUUACCGAGGUUGCCUGUGAGAGCAUUUCGGCCGCCCAAAACCUAUCUUCAGGCAUCACUUCGUUGCCAGUGUCGCAGCUUGGCUCUCCUAAACAUCCUCGAAACCCUUCUCUGCAACUUACUAGAAAAGCUGGCGCUUCGACUCGCUCACUUCCCGCCAACGCCACUACCACCAAAAUUAACGUAGCAUCCGAUGGUACCGCGUCUUCAUCAGCAGUAGAAGCCCAGCCCGACACUACUGCUUCGGCAGUCGAGCCAACAGAUAAGGAGCCGUCGAAUGACAAGGACGCAGGCGCUGGAGUCAACGUAGAUAAGGACCAGUCGGAUGCUGCGACUGAGGUGCCAGUCGCGAAUGCAGGGCCCGAAGAGGUAGAACCUGGUCAGGAGCAAACGACAUCGCAGCCCAGUGGGUGGUUUUCAUGGGUCUGGGCCCCUUCCAGGAUUGACAGUUCCCCUGGCAAUCCACCGAAAGAGUCAACGGUAGCUCCGAUAGGUCAGACUGCGGAAAAUCAGACUUCAAAAGAAGAAGACACUAUACAUACCGAUCAAGGUCACACAGAACAGACAAACCCCUCUGAGACGGCAGAGAUUGACGGAAGAGCACAAAAGCUAUCUUGGCUCCAGAUGUGGUACGGCUCCGCAUCAUCAAAGGGUGUAGAAGAACCCCAAAGCGGAAACCGUCCUGUUGCAGAUGAACCAAGUCCUCCUGCUGGUACAGCGUCUGCACCAAAUGAAGAUAUCAACAAUUCCGCUGCGGACAGUUCAGCAUCUGCGACUACAAAAAAUGUUAAACCAUCCGGCUGGUCCUUCUGGUUCAGAGAGACCCCACCAGACACUUCGCAGGACAAAUCCCAGGAGGUCCAGGCUGUUGGAGGCUCCGCUAUCCAGGAUUCUACGACUAAGAAAUCAAAGGAUUAUCCCGAACCCGAGCCAGAACCAAAAACAGAGCUCGCAAAGAAGGGAAAUAUUAAGAUAAAAGCCCCCAAGAGCACCUCCGCUCUGCCUGACCAGGCUAUUGCCGGGCUAGACCCCAGCUCCAAUGCCCCCGCAGCAAAUGCCCCCGAAGCAACUGCUUCAAAGCAUCUACAGAAUAUUCUACCUAAUCAGGUUCUGCCGCGCUUCGGAGAUACUUUCGCCCUACAAGAACGGCCUAGCCUGUUGCAGACAAUAGGACGGUUUCUGCAUUAUAACAAGGAGCCGGAUAACAGGCAUGUUCAUAUGGUUAAGGACCCACCACCUAUUAAGAGAGCGUUGGCUAUAGGAAUACAUGGGUACUUUCCCGCCCCAUUGAUUCGGAGCGUUCUUGGCCAGCCGACGGGAACGUCUAUCCGGUUUUCGAACAUGGCAGCAGAUGCUCUUCGCAAAUGGGCAGACGACCAUGCCUACACGUGUGAUAUCGAGAAGAUAGCAUUGGAAGGUGAAGGCCGCAUAGCUGAACGAGUUGAUUUACUGUGGAAGCUACUGCUGAAUUGGAUGGAGAAGAUACGGCAGGCAGACUUUAUAUUGGUUGCAUGCCACAGCCAAGGUGUGCCUGUUGCAAUAAUGUUGGUCGCGAAGUUAAUAUCCUUCGGAUGCCUUAAUGCCGCGCGGGUCGGUGUAUGUGCCAUGGCUGGUGUCAACAUGGGUCCUUUCUCCGACUAUAGAUCUCGAUGGAUUAGUGGCUCCGCUGGGGAGCUAUUUGAAUUUGCAUUACCUUACAGCCAAGUUUCAAAGGACUAUGAAGCUGCGCUUAAGGCUUCUCUCGAUUUUGGCGUACGGAUAUCCUAUAUUGGGAGUAUAGAUGACCAACUGGUCUCCCUAGAGUCCUCACUCUUUUCGCCAGUAGCCCAUCCGUAUGUUUACCGAGCAGUAUUCGUCGAUGGUAGAGUCCAUGCUCCAAGCUUCCUAUCACAUUUGGUUGGGUUUGCUCUAAAGCUUCGUAAUCGCGGGCUUCCAGAUCAUGGCCUCAUUCGCGAACUGAGUUUACCAUUAGCGGGUAGUCUUUAUAGUGGCGAAGGUCACUCACGUCUGUAUGAUGAUGAGGCUGUGUAUCGAUUGGCGAUUGAAUUCGCUUUAGAGACUUCCAAUGUUCAGGGUGCGACUCUUAGCAUCAAGCGAAGCCCCCCCGCGUCGUCAGUGAACCCUUACAUCCUCCCAUUCGCUAUGCGAGGCCUCCUUGAAGAAGAGUACGUCCGGCGUGAACUCUAUGAAGAAACGAUGGAAUUAUUACGCCAGUUCGACGAUUGGAAACCGACUAGUAAGGUCCUAAAGGAUGUAAAGUUCCGAUUGGAAGGAAUCCGAUCGAAGCUUUAACCGUAGCUCUACACUUGGCACAUAUUCUCUUGAUUACUCCUGACAUCUUCUAAGUCCUAGUCCUGACCUAUCUAGCUGUACUGCUGUACAUCUAGGCCUCUUUGCUUUCCUUCCCUCACACUUUGUACACUCCGGAUGAUGGGCUGGUAAAAAAUUAUUACGAUAUUCUAGCGGGUGUUAAAUAGACUUCUCUUGCUUCUGUUGGUUGCACAGAUAUUAGUUACGAUAUAGGACAUAAUAAACACGAGCAUUGAACUCUUUCUCUGUUUCCUUACAGACCAGUAUUCUGUUGAUUAUUACAUGAAAGUAGUAUUCUAGGUGGUAAAGAUAACUGAAAGGACAUAGUGAAUCGUAAUUAUCGUCAU